ACGCGCAGGAACACACGGCACGAGCUCGGCUUUAAAGCAUCUUCAACUGCGCGAGAGAAAAAAGAAAAGGGGAAAAAAGAUGCAACAAUGAAACUUUAAGUCGGGAGAGAAAAAGAAACCAUGGGAGAGCGGAAAAUGGGAAGAUGAAGAAGAAGGGGUCAGGGAGGAAUGUCAACGCUGGGAGAAGGAAAAGCAUGAUUACUUAGGAAGAAGGAGACAAAAAGACAGAGAGAAAGAGAAAAAGUUUGGGAAAGCCAUGGCGCGCGAGAAUGAAGAGCCCGGAGCGGGGGUGAAAAAGCGCAAAAAGCGGAAAAGUAAAAAAGAAAGCAAAACCAGGACGGUGCACGCGAACCUUUUAUACGAGCAGCACAGCAAAGCCACGGAGAACCCGAACCCCAACCGGCUGUACGCCAACAACAAGAUCAAGACCACCAAGUACACCGUGCUCUCCUUCAUCCCCAAGAACCUCUUCGAGCAGUUCCACCGCUUCGCCAACGUCUACUUCGUGUUCAUCGCGCUGCUCAACUUCGUGCCGGUGGUGAACGCGUUCCAGCCCGUGCUCGCGCUCGCGCCCGUGCUCUUCAUCUUAUCCGUCACCGCCAUCAAGGACCUGUGGGAGGACUACCGCCGACACCGGUCCGACCAGGAGAUCAACCACAUGGACUGCCUGGUUUACUGCAGAACCGAGCGCCGUUAUGUGGAACAGUAUUGGAAGGAGGUCCGUGUGGGAGAUUUCAUCCGGUUGCGCUGUAAUGAGAUCGUUCCUGCUGACGUGCUGCUGCUGAGCUCCAGCGAUCCGGACCGGCUGUGUCACAUCGAGACGGCGACGCUGGACGGAGAGACCAACCUGAAGCAGAGACAAGUGGUGCGCAGCUUCAUCGACCUAGACACAGAGUUCGACCCCAUGAAGUACAACAGCAUUAUUGAGUGUGAGAAGCCAAACAACGACCUGAACCGUUUCCGUGGCUACAUAACCCAUCGUAACGGAAGGAGAGAUGGUCUCUACAAAGACAACCUGCUGCUCAGAGGCUGCACUGUUCGCAAUACAGAGGAAGCUGUGGGCAUCGUCAUCUACGCAGGUCACGAAACCAAAGCGAUGUUGAACAACAACGGGCCACGUUACAAACGCAGCAAACUGGAGCGACGGAUGAACAUCGACGUGUUCUGGUGUGUCAUCAUCCUGCUGGUCAUGUGUCUGUUCUCCGCCAUAGGUCACGGCUUGUGGAUGUUUCAGUAUGGAGAUAAGAGGCCGGUCUUUGACGUCCUGAGCCCCGAGGGAACAGAUUUGUCUCCCAUCGUCUCGGCCGUUUAUCUUUUCCUCACCAUGAUCAUCGUGUUCCAGGUGCUGAUCCCCAUCUCGCUGUUCGUCUCCAUCGAGAUUGUGAAGAUCUGUCAGGUUUACUUCAUCCACCAGGACAUGGAUCUGUACGACGAGGAGACGGACUCUCACCUGCAGUGCCGAGCUCUGAACAUCACCGAGGACCUCGGCCAGAUGCAGUACAUCUUUUCUGACAAGACAGGCACGCUCACUGAGAACAAGAUGGUGUUCCGGCGCUGCACCGUAGCUGGAGUCGAGUACUCGCACGACGCUAACGCGCGGAGGCUGGCGAUGAUGUACCAGGACAUGGACUCUGAGGAGGAGGAGUGUGUGUCUCACGGAGGAACUUUACCGAGGAGAGAGAGUGUGUGUAGUCAGCACAGCGGCCGAGUCGUCCUGCGCUCGCAGAGCACCAAAUCACACCGACGCACCGGGAGCCGAGCCGAGGCCAAGCGGGCCAGCAUCCUGUCCAAACACACCGCCUUCAGCAGUCCGAUGGAGAAAGACAUCACUCCGGAUCCUCAGCUGAUGGAUAAGGUGAACGAGUGCGGCAGUCAGAUGGAGUUCAUGCGUUUCCACAGUCAGCUCCUGAGCCAGAUCCCUCCUGACCUGUGUGACGUCUUUGACUUCUUCAUCGCUCUGACCAUCUGUAACACAGUGGUCGUGUCAUCACCCAAUCAACCACGCCAGAAGGUGCGGCGUUUUGAACUGAAAUCCCCAGUGAAGACCAUCGAGGACUUUAUUAAACGCUUCACGCCGAGUCGCUUGACAUCAGGCUCCAACAACAGCAGCUCGUCCAGCCUGGCCACCAACCGCUCGUCGUCUCAGCGCGCCACCUCCAGCAUGCUGUCCUCUCCGUCCGCCGAGAGCACGCUCGCCAAACUGGAUGAGGAGCGUCUGCAGCAGGCCUUCAGCGCCGUCCCACUCGGACACGACCCGGCCAAGGCUUCCGCUCAGGACGAGGGCGAGCUGCGUUACGAAGCCGAGUCUCCGGACGAAGCGGCUCUGGUGUACGCCGCCCGCGCCUACAACUGCGCUCUGGUGGGCCGACUGGCGGAUCAGGUGACUGUGGAGCUGCCACAUGUAGGAAAGCUGAGCUUCGAGCUCCUGCAUACGCUGGGAUUCGACUCAACACGUAAACGCAUGUCUGUGGUGGUGCGACAUCCACUCACCGAGCAGAUCACUGUGUACACCAAAGGAGCCGACUCAGUCAUCAUGGACCUCAUCAGACCACCUGCAACAGACAACUCCAAAGGUAAACGGCAGCGAAAAAUUCUCUACAAAACGCAGAACUACUUGAACCUGUACGCCGCCAAUGGCCUCCGAACUCUGUGCAUCGCUAAAAAGGUCCUCAGUAAAGAAGAGUAUGCCUGCUGGCUGCGGCGCCACCUCGAGGCUGAGACGGCCAUCCAGGGCCGAGAGGAGCUGCUGUUCGAAUCCGCACUACGACUGGAGACCGAUCUUCAUCUGUUAGGAGCGACAGGGAUCGAGGACCGACUGCAGGACGGCGUACCCGAGACCAUCGCCACUCUGAGGACAGCGGGGCUGCAGAUCUGGGUGCUGACGGGGGACAAACAGGAAACUGCCAUCAACAUCGCCUACGCCUGCAGACUGCUCGACCCCGAGGAGGAAAUAAUCACACUCAACGCCGACUCGCAGGAAGCCUGUGCUGUUCUACUUGAUGAAAGCCUGCACUACAUCCAGGCCAAGUUCCUGUGCAGUUCCUCGGCAGACCCCCACACCACACGGCUUGUCCAGCAGGACUACACCAGCGUGCACUUCCUGUCCUCAGGCUCUGGCUCCACCCCCUCUGGCCCGAUUGUGGUGCACCGGCUGGGUUUGGUGAUUGAUGGCCGCACUCUGGCCUACGCUCUGGAUAAGAGUCUGGAGGAUAAGUUCCUGGCCGUGGCUCGGAGCUGCAGGUCGGUGCUGUGCUGUCGCUCCACACCUCUGCAGAAGAGCAUGGUGGUCAAACUGGUGCGCAACAAGCUCAAGGUCAUGACCCUGGCCAUAGGUGAUGGGGCGAAUGACGUCAGUAUGAUCCAGGUGGCAGAUGUUGGUGUGGGUAUCUCGGGGCAGGAGGGUAUGCAGGCGGUGAUGGCCAGCGAUUUUGCUCUUCCUCGCUUUCAGUACCUGCAGAAGCUCCUCCUGGUUCAUGGGCACUGGUGUUACUCUCGUCUGGCCAACAUGAUCCUCUACUUCUUCUACAAAAACGCUAUGUUUGUGGCUCUCAUCUUCUGGUAUCAGUUCUACUGCGGCUUCUCCGGCUCGGCCAUGAUCGAUCAGUGGUAUCUGAUCUUCUUCAACCUGAUGUUCUCAGCGUUCCCGCAGCUCAUCACCGGCACGCUGGACAAAGACGUGUCUGCGGAGACCCUGCAGGAACUACCUCAGCUCUAUAUGAGCGGACAGAACUCAGAGGAAUACAAGCCGUACAUGUUCUGGAUGAAUAUGAUCGACGCCUUCUACCAAAGUCUCAUCUGUUUUUUCAUCCCCUACUUUGCUUACGCUGACUCAGAUGUGGAUCUGUUCACCUGGGGCACGCCCAUCACCACACUCGCCCUCUUCACCAUCCUGCUGCAGCUCGGCAUCGAAACUAAAACCUGGACGUGGAUGAACUGGGCGUCCAUCGCCUUCAGCGUGGUUCUGUUCUUCACCGUGGCCCUGUGCUACAACACCUCCUGCCCCACCUGUUACUCCCCGUCCAACCCCUACGGGACCAUACAGAGACUUCUGGGAGAUCCGCUCUUCUACCUGCUGUGUGUCGUCACGCCCAUCACUGCUCUUCUGCCCAGAUAUUUCUACCGGGCGUGUCAGGGUUCCCUGUUCCCCAGCCCGGUGCAGGUGGGCCGUCAGCUGGACAGAUUGCCCCCGGAGCUGCGCAGACGCCUGCUGCACCAGAGCCAGGCCAAGCUCUUCCCUUUCUGCAGACCAUUCCUCAAACCGUGCAGCUCUGCCCUCACACACCCCCACCCCGCCCACGCCAAGCACAAGCCCCGAGCCGCCAAUCCCGGUGUCACCAAGAGCAUGGAGAUGAAGGAUACAUCUCAGAGUUCCAGAAACACAGAGAACCACAUGGUGCAGAACUCUGAGAACUCUCCACAGAGCAGCACACUACCGUACACCAAAGAUGCCCCUCCCCCUAAUCCCCCCCUCACCUCCACACCGCUGCUGCCUCACACCGACUGCGUGCAGCUCGUAUCGCCCUCUAGCGGCGGUCCUCCGGGCGCCACGUAUAAAAAGAGUUCUGACAUCUCGCAGGACCAAACACCCGGGCGUCUCCGAGAACACUCUGAAACGCCCUCGGGUUCAUGACGCUGAGGAUUCCGCUCCAAAUUUGCACGUUUUUGAAACUUUUUUUUUUUAAUUCUAUUUUUCAUAAUUUUUAUGAAGAUAUAUAGAUGGGUACUAUUGUAUACGUUAUAUAUAUAUAUUUUAGAGGUGUACAGUUUUUCAGAAUAAAGAUGAAUAUUUUUUUUGAGAGAGUAAGAAAUGAAAUAUGCAGCAAACUGGAUGAGCUAACGGUUUGAUUUUACCAGGAAAAAAAACUAUUCCCAGCUCGUUUUCUCCAGAGAUGUUCAUUUCCUUUAUCUUAGCUGUUAUUUAUUUGGACCUGAACUUUUACACUCACUCCCUCUCUCUCCCUCUCUCCCUCUCUCUCUCUCUCUCUCUCUCUCUGUCUGUCUGUCUGUCUGUCUGUCUUUCACCAGCACAAUGUUAACACUUUCACAUCAAGUUUUUCUGGAAUUAUUCACUCAGUUGGGAAUCUCACAA